AUGGGUCCUAAAAAGCAGAAGAUGUACGAACGCAAGCAGUCGCUGGCUGAGAUCAUAUCCGAAAGCCAAGAGACAGGCGACUUGGAUAAAGCAUUGGAUGCCGUGCGUCAAUUUAUCAAAAAGACAUCUACCGAUCCUUUCAAGGACAAAUUUGAUACUUUCAAGGAUCCUUUCAAGGACAAUUUUGAUCCUUUCAAGGAUCCUUUCAAGGACAAAUUUGAUACUUUCAAGGAUCCUUUCAAGGCCAGCGCGAAGAGUGUCAAGGCCAGCGUGAAGAAUACCAAUUUAAACGCCAAUGAUCUUGCCUUUACCAAGACUGCCUACGACAAGCUCUCCAGUGAUGAUGAUGGAGAAUGGGAGGAAUUGAGUUGA